GGCCUGUGCCGGGGCCGCGCCCGGGAGCGCGCACGGGGGCGAUGGGGCUGCGGCGGCGGCGGCGCCGGGGGGGCGCGGGGGGGGCGCGGCCCGGGGGGGGAUCCCGGGGGGGGGUCCCGGCGCUGCUGCCGCUGCUGCCGCUGCUGCUGCUGCUGCCCGCGGGCGGCGGCGCCAAGUACGUGCGGGGCCGCAUCAGCACCAAGGAGGACUGGGUGUUCCUGACCCGCUUCUGCUUCCUCUCCGACUACGGGCGCCUCGAUUUCCACUUCCGAUACCCCGAGGCCAAGUGCUGCGAGAACAUCCUGCUCUACUUCGACGACCCCUCGCAAUGGCCGGCCGUCUACAAGAAGGGCAACAAGGACUGCCUGGCCAAGGAGUCGGUGAUUCGCCCCGAGAACAACCAGGUCAUCAACCUGACCACGCAGUACGCCUGGUCGGGCUGCCAGGUGCUGCUGGAGGACUCGGUGCGGUACCUGAGCUGUGCCAGCGGCCGCAGCUUCCGCUCCGUCCGCGAGCGCUGGUGGUACGUGGCCCUCAGCAAAUGUGGGGGCGACGGGCUGGAGCUGGAGUACGAGAUGGUGCUGACCAACGGGAAAUCCUUCUGGACCCGGCACUUCUCCGCCGAUGAGUUCGGCAUCCUGGAGACGGACAUCACCUUCCUCCUCAUCUUCAUCCUCAUCUUCCUCAUCUCCUGCUACUUCGGCUACCUGCUGAAGGGCCGGCAGCUGCUCCACACCACCUACAAGAUGUUCAUGGCGGCCGCGGGCGUGGAGGUGCUCAGCCUGCUCUUCUGCUGCGUCUACUGGGGCCAGUACGCCUGCGACGGGGUCGGCAGCAGCAGCCUCAAGAUCCUGGCCAAGCUGCUGUUCUCCAUCAGCUUCCUCAUCUUCCUCCUCAUGCUCAUCCUCCUGGGCAAGGGCUUCACCGUCACCAGGGGCCGCAUCAGCCACGCGGGCUCGGUCCGGCUCUCGGUGUACAUGACGCUGUACAGCAUCACCCACGUCGUCCUGCUCACCUACGAGGCCGAGUUCUUCGACCCCGCGCAGGUGCUCUACACCUACGAGUCGCCGGCCGGGUACGGGCUGAUCGCGCUGCAGUUCCUGGCGUACGCGUGGUUCUGCUACGCCGUGCUGGUGACGCUCAAGCGGGUGCCCGAGAAGCAGCCGUUCUACCUGCCCUUCUUCGCCGCCUACACGCUCUGGUUCUUCGCGGUGCCGGUGACCGCGCUCAUCGCCAACUUCGGGAUCCCCAAGUGGGCGCGGGAGAAGAUGGUGAACGGGAUCCAGCUGGGCACCCACCUCUACGCGCACGGCGUCUUCCUGGUGAUGACGCGCCCCUCGGCCGCCAACAAGAACUUCCCGUACCACGUCCGGACCUCCCAAAUCGGGGCGGGGGGGGACACGGGGGGGGACACGGGGGGGCCAGGGGGGUUCCCGUUCCCCCCCCCCCCCCAAGGCUACGGCAACGUCACCUUCAUCAGCGACUCCGUCCCCAACUUCACCGAGCUCUUCUCCAUCCCCCCCCCGGCACGCGGCGGAUCCCCCACGGCACAGAAGCUGGUGGAGGAGACGGCGGCGGAGCGGGGCCCCCCCCCCCCCCGGGCGCGUGGUGACCACGACGGAUCUGGGGGCCCCCCCCCGCCCCCCCGAAGGGCGCAGGGAUGGGGGGCGAGGGCCGGGGCCCCCCCGUGCAGCUCCAGGCGCCCCCCGGCCCCCCCCUCGCCAACGGCUUCACCGAGUACUUCAGCAUGCACGGGGGGGGGGCGCACCUCUAGCCCCGGGGGGACCCCCAAAUCCUGCCCCGGGGGACCCCAAAUCCUCGGCGUGCUGGCCGCUCUGGCCCCGCCCCUCGCUGCUCCGCGGCCUCUCUGGUUUCUCGUCUCGCUGCUCCGGGCCCGGGAGUCCGCCUCCGCCCUGAGGAGCCGCCGCUAG